UCUGUGCUGAUCAUGGAUUUUUCUGUCUACCUCCUGACUCUGCUUUCCCUCCUGUCUCAGUGCACAGCUCAGUGGUGUUACCAGAGCCAGUACUCCUGUGAUGACACAUGCAGAGAUCCCCACAGCUGGGCAGAGCAGUUUCCCAGCUGUGGAGGACUUCGCCAGUCACCGAUCAACAUCGUGACCAACAAAGUGCACGUCAACAGCGCCCUGCCACCCUUCGACUUCAUCGGUCACACCAACACGAACAACAUAACAGUGGAAAACAAAGGACACUCUGCUCAUUUCAUCCUGCCGCAGUCUGUUCGACUGACUGGAGGAGCUCUGCCCGGACUCUACAGAGCCGCACAGUUUCACUUCCACUGGGGAGGAAACGGGAGACCUGGUUCAGAGCACACCAUAGAUGGAGAGAGGUUCCCCAUGGAGCUGCAUAUAGUCCACAUCAAGGAGCCGUACGGGUCUUUGGCAGAGGCAGAGCAUGACAUGGCGGGUAUCGCUCUGCUUGCUUUCCUGUUUGAGGAAACAACAGAUGACCAUCCUCAUCUGGAUGCAGUCAUAGCUGCUUUGGGACGUGUGCAAAACAAUGGCAGCAGCUCGGUGAUCCCAAACUUUCGACUCAGUGAAUUCAUCCCGACAGCAAAGGAGCUCCACAGCUAUUACCGUUAUGUGGGCUCCAUGACGACUCCAGGGUGUGAGCAGGCGGUGGCAUGGACGGUGUUUCACAGGACCCUGUCCAUCAGCAGCCGACAGCUGGAUGCGAUCACUCGGCAGUGUCGGUUCUGGACCGGGCAGCCCAUGAAUGACAUCUUCAGACCCACCCAGCCUCUGGACGGCAGAGUUGUGUACCGGUCCAAAGCAAGUGCAGCUCUGAGGAGUGUGAUCCACCUGUGGGCCUGUGUUUUCUCAGUUACACUAAUUACCACCGGUCUGAUACAUUGAACUAAAUACUGCUGUAUGUAGCUACACAGGAGAAUACCUGAGAUUGAUGACAAUGAGCUAAUAAUACAAAGCCCCGAAGACAUGCACACAAAAAAUUAUCUUAUAUGCACAAACACAAACAUGGGAACAUAGGGCCUAAUUUUCAGUGAAAAACAAAUCUUAGAAAUGUAGGAACAUCAGGAUGACCCCCUGCAAGAUAGCUAACACGGCUAAUAAUAGCAUUUGAUUUUUAAUCCACCUGUUGAGCUCGAUUACAAAAAAAUCAGUCUUAAUGUGAGUUUAUUUUCCUGCAGCAUGUUAGGAGUAGGGACUUUUACUUCUGUUGACUUUCAUGUAACUUUUCUCCCUUGUUUUAUAUUUUCUCAACAUGCCUUUACAUUAGCUCGGUCUGCUUUUCCUUAUCUGCAUUAAUUUUCCAAUGAGACAGGUGUAAUAAAUAAAUCUGGAUUAGGGGUUUAGAAUAUUUUCCCCCUUUCUGAUGGACUGAGGGGAAUUCCUUAUUCCGAUAGACAAUUGAAGGGUUUCCUAAAAGUAAUGUAUACUUGUUAAUUCUUAGGAACACCAAAUGUAUAUAAAUUCAUGUUACCUUGUAUAUAACCAAAAUAAAUUAAACUACACAGAAAUGAAUCCCCAGAUUGACUAUAAAACAUAAAAGGACACACUUGUUGAUUUUAUUUGAAUGAAAUUAGAGACUGAUUUCUCUGUAUAACAUUUCAGACUUUGACCCUUUGCCUAAAACUGUUGUCAAUA